AUGACGCUACCGUCAAACACUGAAUCCAAUGAUUUAGCCAAAUAUGGCCUACAGGGUCUCUCGUCGUUGGUGAGAAUGAAGCAAACUGAUAUCACGAGUUUCGCAAUAGGUCAAGAUAUCAGUAAAUGUGGGUUAGAUCUAUCACCCAACGUGAAUAUAUUGAAAAACCUUGCAAGUCCGUGGCUGGAAACAUCUCGAAGUGAAGUUGAGCCAUAUUUUCAAAUACCUUUAGAUUUACAAAAUUCUCAAUUGAAAGACCAUAAAAUAGACCCAUCAACAUGUGAUUCCAAGAUUCAAAAUUUCACUGAUGAGACAUUGUUUUAUAUCUUUUACAUGAAACCGAGAGAUACGUUGCAAGAAUAUGCCGCGAGAGAAUUGGUUGCUCGAAAUUGGAGAUAUCAUAAGGAUAUCCAAGUUUGGCUAACAAAAGAUAGUAAUGUGGAGCCAAUCUUGAUAGGUCAAGAUGUAGAAAAGGGAGUAUACAUAUUUUUCGACCCUCAUAAUUGGGAAAAGAUUAGAAAGGAGUUUGUAUUGCAUUAUAGUUCUGUACAAGCUUGA